GAGCGCUGGAGGCUGUACAGGGUGUGUUCUCAGUAGGUGGUAGUGUGCUGUACACGCUUCAGCCCGACUCCCACAGAAGAAGCACAGGGACUCGGAACCACUUGAAAUGGAAACUCCCUUUUUCUCCUCGUACUGUCAUUCCGUUUUGGUAACUUCGAUGAAGUAACUCGGAUUUCAGAAGGCGUUUCAAAACGAAGCAAAAAUGCGCGACCGAACCAAAGAACUGGGGAAUCCUGUGGAUGGCUCAGAUGAAGACGAGGAGGGCACAACACUCAUGAUCAAACCAGGCACAGGGACCUCCAUUAAAGAGGACAGAGAGAAUGAGGCUUUCUUUCGGAAGGUUCACGAGAUUCGAGAAGGGCUUGAAACUCUUAAGAAGAAAGUAGCUGAACUGGAAAACAAGCAAAAAACUGUUUUAGGUGUAGCACUUCCGGAGGAAAGUAUGAAGAAAGAACUGCAGACUAUAAGGGAUGAGAUCAAAACAUUAGCUACCCAAAUCCAGAAGAAACUAAAGAGUAUUGAACCCAAGAAAAGUGAGGAAGAUGGGAAAUAUGUUCCAAUAAAUUUAAGAAUGCAAAGAACACAGCAUACUGUCCUGUCCCGAGAAUUUAUUGAGUCAAUGGGCCACUGUAACACAAUUCAGGCCAAUUACAGAGAUAGAAACGUAGAGAGAAUACAAAGGCAACUUAAAAUAACUGGCAAUAACGUCACAGAUGAACAGUUAGAGUCAAUGCUUGAGAGUGGACAGACGGACGUGUUCACACAAAAUAUCUUAACAGAUGCCCAUGCCACCAGGCAGGCGCUAAAUGAGAUUGAGUCACGGCAUGAUGAAAUUCUUAAACUAGAGAAAAGCAUCAGAGACCUCCAUGACAUGUUUCAGUAUCUUGCAAUGGAAGUGGAAGCACAGGGGGAAAUGGUUAAUCGUAUAGAGAACAACAUAAUUAACUCUUCUAAUUAUGUAGAGAAGGCCGUUGAAGACACAAAGGCAGCAGUUGUCUCGCAAAGGAAGGCCAAAAAGAAAAAACUCUGGAUUGCAUUGUGCCUUGGAAUUGUAGUUUUGAUAAUUGCUAUUGCUCUGGGUAUUAGUUUUAGCUGAGAAGUUAUUAAACCAGCACCCUCUUUCUGCUGGUCUUCUCUGCUUUGCAUUUUAAACAAAUGAUGUGUUGAUGACACAAGCCUGAAUUUCACUGAUAUCCUCAUAUAGCAACAGUUCCUCCAAGUUAAAGAAUUAUGGCCCCUUGACCCAGAGAUUAGCAUUGAUUUUAAAGCUGUGCUGCAAUAUGCUUAAUAAGGAUCACACAAGCAUUUUUAAUAUAAACCCAGUCAUUCUGUAAAAACACUGACCUGUUCUCAGGAAACCCCACAUGGUAAAACAGAUUUUUAAUAUAUAAAGCAAACAGAAGAACCUCAAAAUCACUGUAAGAUAUUUGAGCUUUGUUUUUAUCUUUCUGUUUAAAUGUAUUUGUUAGUGUUUGUGUUCCAGGAGAUAUUUCUCAAGUUUAUGUCUGUAUAUACAAAAAAAGGAAUAUUUUACACCAUUGCAUUUAUUUUACAUUAUGCAUUUCUGACUUAUGAAUUACUUUAAUUUCAUUUCUUAAAAUGUAGAUUCCUUUUUACUUAAUCAUGACUCUACACCUAGUUCUUUAGUGUGAGCUGCAUGCUACGAAAGAAAGCUAGGCAUUGAAAAUAAUUUUUACGACUUGACUGCGUAACACACUAAAAAAUGUGCUGCGAGUUACUGGGCCGGUGUCUCAAAUAAAUCAUGCGGAUUUGCUUUUUUAUGCAUUCUAUAUGUACAGUCAAUGUUUUUUCUCAAUAACCUUUUUCUAGUAACCUUCAACUGUAUGAAUUUAGUUGCAGGUAAUAUCAGGCAGAGUUUUGCAGUAUUUUGGUGCAUAAUGUAGUGUUAUUUUGUACUGAACUACCUGUAAUUUUAAUACAGAACUGUUGUUUUAAAAUAAAAUCUAUCUUCUACUAAACACUA